ACCACAUUCACUACAUUUUCAAUUCAAUUUUUCCCUUUAUUUCCAAUAAAAAUAUUUUCCUUGAUAUAACUGAUACAAAAAUUAAUAAUAAAAUAUGAUCGAAUGCAGUUAAAUUGAUUAUACAUUGUGCACACACAAACCGAUGAUCACAGAUCAGAUUCAUCCUUCAAACCCUUAUUUUUGAGGACCAAGGUUUAACUCUGUAAGAAGUGUAACAAUGGGAUUGCCGCAAGUAACUUAUAGUGAGCCUUCUGAGGUCACAGUGUCAUUGAGUACAUUGAGUACAUUAGUGCAAAAUCGACCAGCAUUUGCUGAUAUGAGCACGUGUGGUCUGGAAACUGGAUGUGUGAGAUCAAGUAGUGGGAAUGCUAUAUGCAGUUCGAUAGGAGAACUUAAUGAACAAAAAUCACCGGAGAAUAAUUUAUCAAUUCCUAUGAGUGAAAGAAGUCCACUUCCAUUUUCUAGGAUUUUGGGUUUUAGUAUGAGAAAUUCUUUAACUUCUAAUGCUCAGAAUUCAGAUGACUCUGCACCUUCGUCUACCUAUGGUAUUACUGUUGGUGAAUCUGAAUCAAAUGGUUCACUUGCGAGGAAGCGAAUGCUGUCACCUUUAAGCAGUAGGAUUUUUCCCAAGCAAUUUAGCGGUGCUUCUUUAGAUAUUGGUGGCAGCAAUUUUCAAAGUGAUUCACAAAAAAAUAGUAGUAGUUAUAGUAGACUCACAGGUCAAGAUUUCAAGAAAGCUAAUAUUGGGAGAGACAAGGCUUUCAUUUCACCAGAGUCUUCUGUGUCUAAUUACGCAGCACAGAAUGACUUUGUGUAUGAUAGUGGCAUGGGAUCCUCUGUUUGUUUCACUGAUGGCCCGGUGCUAGAUCAAAAGGAAUUAUUAUCUCAUGCUUGGUGUUCGUCACCUGGUCUUGACCCCUUGGGUGAAUCAUGUAGGACAAAGCCCCGAACUAGUGCAAUCUUAGUAUCUGCAGAGACGAUAACCUCUAUUCCUCUCUCUUUAUCUCCUCUUGGUCCUAGAUUGUCUGCUAAUAGCAAAGCUGAAGGAGGAUGCAGGAAGGAAAGAAAAGAGUAUAGAGGUGAAUACCUUACUUUUAGAGACACGGAAGAGGCCCUUAAUAAGAAUGCUCUAGGCAUCAUCUUUUCAUAUGAAGAGGAGGAGCAUUCAAGAAUAGAGAGUAAAUCUUUCGAAGAUACAGCUUUUCUGCAUAACAAUUUACAAUCGACUUCAUCAGAGAAUAAAUUUGGAAAGAGUUGGCCUUUCAGUCGAGAUAUCGCAGGGUUUUCCCCUUGCACAAAGUUGGAUAGAAAUAUGAAAGGACUCCCUGUGAGAAGGUCACUGGUUGGUUCAUUUGAGGAAUCUCUUCUGUCUGGUCGACUAUUUGGAAAUUUUACUCAGAAAAUUGAUGGUUUCCUUGCUGUACUAAGCGUAACUGGAGGGAAUUUUUCACCAAAAUCGCAGAAGCUUCCUUUUUCAGUAACCAGUAUCGAUGGAGACAACUACUUGCUAUACUGUGCAUCCAUAGAUCUUGCAGGAAAUUCUCCAUCAACAAAGUGCAGAAGAAACUCUAAGGAAGACCUAUGCAUUGGGAACUCACGUAGUUCAAGGAGUCGUUUACGUAUCCCAGUGAAAGGGCGGAUACAGCUGGUUCUUAGCAAUCCUGAAAAGACGCCUCUUCAUACUUUCUUUUGCAAUUACGACCUGAGUGACAUGCCAGCUGGUACAAAGACAUUUUUGCGCCAGAAGGUGACUCUAGCUUCCUCUAGUCCAAUAUCUACAGAGGGCAAAGAGCAUUGGAAAACUUCAGACAUGAAGAAUGAAAAUAUGCAAGUUUCGGAGAUGUAUAAAUCUGAUGAAGUUGUCAGAGUUAGUGAAGGUUUUGGGACCGGCAGUGAAACUGAUGUAGACCAGAGGACUGGCGGCAUUGACUGGUUGGAUCGGUGUCAUGUACCUGACCAUAAAUCUGCUCAUGUUUGUUCAAAGGUCAAUGGGAAUCCUGGCAGUGUAGGUGCACUGCGGUAUGCUCUUCAUCUCCGGUUUCUAUGCCCUUCUCCUAGAAAGUGUUCAAGAUCAGUUGAGAAAGGCAAGUCUAAAUUUCUAUCACAGCCGCGAAGUAACAUAGAUAAUGAAGAGAGGAAAAUCUAUCUGUACAAUGAUCUGAGGGUGGUUUUCCCUCAGCGCCAUUCUGACGCUGAUGAAGGAAAGCUGAAUGUGGAAUAUCAUUUUCCAGAGGACCCGAGAUACUUCGAUAUCAGCAGCUGAAAGUCAGCAUCAUUAUGAUUUAAUCCCGCUGUUUGUAUAUCAAUUUCCAGCACAGUUGCGGAAUGCCGUUUUAUCUCAAAGUGGUUUACACAAGACGGUCUGAGUAAAACAAUAAGGUUCAUGUCAGCCAGGCAAAUGUGUGGAUUGUAUUAGCAUUAUACUGCUCCCUGCUUGUAUAUAUUGUAACAUUGAAAAAGGUCACAUCUUCUACUACUACUAACAAGUAGUAGAACAUUGUCUCAAUUUAUAUAACAUAUACUUAAUGCAGAUAAUUAGAUACUAAUGGUGCAAGUUAUAAAAGUGUAGCCAUUUAGAACUA